UUGAACAAAAGUGAGUAGAAAGAAGAAGAAAAAUGCCACCAAAACGAACGCCAGUGAAAAAAGCUUCAGCUGACGGUGAUACUACUGCAGCUGAUGAGGAGCUCGAAGCGCUGAUCCACAACCGUGGAAUGGCGCUGCGGAACGUGAAGCGAAUCCAAGCCAACCUUAAGAAAGCGGAAGUUGACAAUACCGAGCUGACAGUAGCUCAAGUGAAGGUUUAUCAACGGAGUGUUGAGAACACGAAUGCUGAGUUCACCCAGCUUCACCAUGAGAUCGUCGCGCAAUCAUCAUCUGCCAAGCGAGAGGAACAAGACAACUACUUCCUCACGUUCGUGGACCUUUACGAAGAAGUGUCUGUGGUACUCGAGAGUUGGCUGGAAAAUCUCGCUAAAUCCCCAACUUUGCAGCCGCAGAAUGCCAUCAACCAGCCAGUUAUCGUCCAGCCUUCCCUUCCGCGUGCCAUACCAACAUUUAAUGGACGGUAUGAGCACUGGGAAAAAUUUAAAGUGAUGUUCAAGGAUGUGGUGGACAGAAGCAACGAGUCAGAUCGCAUCAAGUUAUAUCAUUUGGAGAAAGCGUUAAUUGGAAAUGCAGCCGGUGUGAUAGACGCUAAAACUAUUACCGACGGCAAUUAUGCACGAGCAUGGCAACUGCUGGACGAAAGGUACUCCGAUAACCGACGGAUGAUUGAUCGGCACAUGGCCGGUCUGCUUGGAGUGAAGAAGUUAACAAAUGCAUCAUACAACGAGUUGAGAUCCUUGGUAGAGGCUUUCGAUGGCCAUGUCGAAAACCUCAAGUUUCUGGGCCAGGACUUUACCGAUGUAGCUGAAUAUAUGGUUGUGUACCUGAUCACACGAUCCCUGGACGACGAAACAAAAAAGUUAUGGGAGUCAACCAUGAAGAAAGGUGAGUUACCCGUAUAUGCUGACACUAUCGAUUUCCUGAAAGAGCGCGUGUCGGUUCUGGAAAGGUGCCAAACAUACUGUGAAGAUGGUCUAUCCAAGCAUCGAGCCCCCACCAAACCUAGCAAUCCGAAAUAUCUACCUGCGAAGAUAAACACAGCCACAGCGUCGUCCCCAGCAGACCAACGGUGUGAUUUUUGUACCAACAAUCAUCUCACGUUCAAGUGCCCAGUAUUUAACGAAUUGUCGGUGAGCCAAAGGAUCGCUAAAGUGAAGGAGAGGAACGUCUGCUUUAACUGCCUGAGGCGUGGGCACCGCGUAAGUGAUUGUUCCUCGAAGAAAUCUUGCUCAAAGUGCAACCGGAGACACCACUCAUUGCUACACCUGGAGGAGUCAUUCCCAAACACAAAGGACAUCACCGAGGUAAAGCAGCAUAACAACCCAUCAGUUCCAGUCAUCCCGCAAGUAUCAGCUCAAGCCCCCGAUCCAGUUUCAUCAUGCAAGCCAUCGACUAGCGGCACGUUCACGAACCUACUCACCGCUGUGAUCAACGUCAUGGAUCAAGAUCUGCAACCAUAUCCGUGUAGAGCGCUUCUGGAUUGCGGUUCGCAAGUGAGCUUCAUCACGCAGUCUUUGGCCAAAGCAAUAGGGAUGCCAACACAAGAGUAUAUUCGUAUCAAGUCACCGAUGACACCCCAUUCCGGAACACAAAGACCCAACAAACAAGGCCCACUACCAGACUAG